AUGUCAUCUUCAAAGUACAAAACUUUGUUGACAGAAGAUGCUCCAAUUUACCUAAAAACCCAGAGAGAAUUUUGGAAAAAUGCCACACUUGAAACACAAGGUGAGACAGUCACAGCCAUUAAUUCUUCAAUAAUGGGUAAAAAGGUUCACAUCACCCCACAAUCCAUUUUAGCGGUAUUCGAACUCGAUGAUCAGCAAGGUAAAACUUAUUUUCCCAAAAUCGAGUAUCAAAAUGAUUUUCUUGAAAGGGGGUAUGCAGAACAAAUGAGGAGGGAUACCUUACAAAAAGAAAUCAAAGACAUGUUGCAACAGUUGUUGAAAGUUCAAAAGGUACCCACUGCUGCACCAACUCCAACAGCUGCUCCAUCAUCUGCUCCUUCAACAGAUGAGCUGUGGAGUUUAUUUCAACCACUGCUCAAACAUCAAAGAGAAUUAGCUGAUCAGCAGCAUGAGAUUCAAGUCCAAAAGAUCAUAAAUCUCAUGGAGUCAAGUUAUAUCAUCCAAUGCUUGCAACACGCCAAAACCGCAUGGGCUCCCAAAAAGCAUUACACAGGGCAACUGAUCAUACUUGCACUUGCCUUGGUAAGCGAUGCUUGCAAUUUGAAAAAAAGGGACCGAAAAGAAGGAUACCCAAUUGAGUGGGUUACAACAGAAACUCUUGACUUAUUUGAAAGAGCAAUGGCAAAACACCUUGUGGGCAAUGAAGUAAAAAGGAAUACAUUCAAAAAAGGUAAAGGAAGCAAGCCCCAAAAAACAAGAAAAAUGCAGAUUGUUGUUCGUGAUAAAGAUGAUGGUGAUGAUGCUGAGAAUGAAGAUGAAGAUAAUGUUCACAAGGUCGAUGAGCAUGAUGAUGAGUUUGAUGAUGAUGAUGGUUUUGAUCAUGAUGAUCAUUAUAACUAUGAACUGCAAAACGCCAGGCCCUUCAAUGAUGCUGAAGAGGCUUCACUUCAAAGGAUGGUGAAUGAGGAUAUAGAAAGCCGGGAAACGAUGUUUGAAGUUUCUGCAUCAGGAAACCAUGCUCUUAUCAGAGAAGUAACACAGUAUGACAACAUUUUUGCUGAAGAAGAAGAACAAAACAUAGAACCUGAAGAGGAAAUGGCUGAUAAAUUGGAUGGAGCAUACAAAGAAUUAGAAGACCGUUACAAUAAAAUGAGCACAUUGUUAAAACAGUCAAAGACUGAAUACCCAAAUAGCCUCCUGGUACACAUUAAAUACUCACAAUGUAUGACAUUGUUGGAGAACAUCUCAAAAUUUGUUGAUGAAAACGCCAAAGAAAUGCCAGCUAAAACAGAAGAAGAUACACAAGAAACUGAGGAUGAAAAUGAGAUGGUACUAGGAGAUGAAAAUGAACAAGAAAGGGAAAAUGAGAAGGCUGAAAAAGAAAACGCCAUUAAAGAGCAAACAGUUCAUGAAAACGCCAAAGAAUUUGAAAAUGAAGAACAAGGAGAGGAAGGAUGCGAAAAUGAAAAAGAAAGGGAGAAGGAGAUAGCUGGACUUGAAAACGCCAUUGAAGAGGAAACAGUUGAUGAAAAUGCCAUGCAAGAUAGUACAUCAUCAGAUGAAGAUGUAAACGAAAAGGAUAUUGAGAGGUGGAGUUGUGAUUUCAAGACACUUGAAUAUCACAUUUCAAGAUACAAUGGGGAAAAAAUAAUUAAGAGGAAUAUUGCUGAGAUUUUGGAGCUGCCAGGACAAGAUCUAAAACAAAUGAUUGAUAUUAAAGAAGGUCUUAACAAUUCAAAGAUGGUGGAUGAAGCAAUUAAAGCAAUAAAAAAACAUCCGCAACUUGCUGAAGAGACCCCAAAAAUGCCUGUAUUUGAUAAGACACCAAACAUCGCCACGACAGAAACAAAAGAUAGCCAGGCAUUCAACACUGAAAAAGAAAAAACUGAAGGGGAGAUGGUGAACAAAAGUGUUGACCAAGAAGAGGCAGUGUUUGAUAAAACACCAUAUGAACAGCCACCAACUACAUCUGGGAAAAACCUCUUGUAA